CUCCAAUAAACUGUAACACGACACAAAGCGAUCGCCGUGCCAUUUUUCUUCACUUUGAUUGAUCGGUAAGAACGGGAUGAGAUGAAAUAACAUUGAAACACAAAGGUAGCAUGUUUCAUCCUUGGACAAUGUUUCAUAUUAAUGGAAACCAUCGCUUUUAUGUUCGUACUGCCUCAUCGAUGACUAUCCGCUUGUUCGACCUCGCACUUUGAAAACCAUCGGAUGGGAGCAGCCGAAUCUUUCACAGGCACGGGCACCCAUUGGAGGAAGAGGAAGAUUGGUUUUACCAUUUCUUACUGUUUCACUUUCGAUGACAGAAAUAUUAAAAAAAUUUCCUGACCUUUUUGUCAGCUUUUUUUUUUUUUUUUGGCACGCCUUACCUCACUGUCUUUCUUUUCUUUUUAACCUACAAUUCAUGGCUGUCAUAAAAAAGUUCACUCUAUCCGAAGUUGCAAAACAUAGCAGUUUAAAGUCCCUAUGGAUUAUUCAUAACGGAAAGGUCUAUGACGUUACGGAGUUUGCUCCUGACCAUCCUGGAGGUGAUGAUCUCAUUCUGGAAUACGCUGGACGCAAUGUGACAGACAUUAUGAAGGAUGAGUUGGAACACGCACACUCGGAUGCAGCAUAUGAGAUGUUGGAGGAAUACCAUAUUGGUUAUUUGGUACAAACCGAAGGAAAUGAAAAAGGCGAACUCCAUAUUGAAGAGACAGAGCACUUCUUUGAGGAUGACUUCAAGCCUACGCAGACGGACCUUAGUGCAGACGCAAAGGGCAGUCAAUUCCUUGACCUUCGCAAAGCACUCUUCCCUCAAAUGCUUCGAGCAAAGUUCUCAAAGGAAUUCUACCUCCAGCAAGUUCAUCAACCACGCUACUUGCCUUACGCUGCUCCUCUCUUUGGUAACUUCUUAGAUGUCUUUACCAAGACAGCGUGGUAUAUGAUUCCUACCAUCUGGCUCCCUGUUGUUGGAUAUCAAGUUUAUAACUCUCUCAAGUCUGAGCUUCCUUAUGUUACUGCCCCUUGUUUCGUCUUAGGUAUAUUCAUCUGGACUCUGGUGGAGUAUAUCUUGCAUCGCUUCCUGUUCCAUUUGGAUGACUGGCUUCCUGAUCAUCCUGUUGCACUUCUUUUGCACUUUACUCUUCACGGUAUUCACCACUAUCUCCCAAUGGACAAGUUGCGACUUGUAAUGCCGCCAGCUCUUGGUUUUGCCUUGGCAUACCCUUUGAUGUGCCUUGCUCAUAUUUUAUUCCCCGCCACCGCAGCAUAUGCCAUCGUGGGGGGUGCGGUCUUGGGAUACAUUGGUUAUGACUGCACACACUAUUAUUUGCAUCACGCCAAAGUCCUUGACUUUCACUUCAAGGAGAUGAAGAAGUACCACCUUGCUCAUCAUUAUAAGAACUACGAGUCUGGUUACGGUAUCACCUCCAAGUUGUGGGAUUAUGUUUUCGGCACCAAACUCAACUAUUAGAUGGCCAUUGUGCCGCUCUCGCAUUUUACUCUGGCUAUUUAUCCGGUUCCGACUACCCUUGCCCAUUGGGUUUAAUAUCAUUUUCUGUUGUUACCUAUUUCUCUUCGUUUUUGAUAUUCCAGUAUUCGCCUUCAUAUA